AUGUCUCACCUACAUAAUGAAGGUUUAAGAAAACAGCUUGUCGCUGAUAAACGAACUGCAACUGCAGACUUGUCAUGGUUGGUAAGUUUCGAACCCCAUUAACACAACCGAUUACACUUCUGUAAAUCAGCAUAUUUCAUGGCCAGACUUGUGAACUGACUUUCUUUAUCUCACUUCAAUCACUUAGUUAGGUUUAGAUGAACUAGAGUUAAAUAAAAAUUAGGUUUUUCUAAAUGGAAGAGAUAUGCUUUAUCAUUAUGCAACAAAUUUCCUUUCAUGUUUACAGUUUGUCUUGAAAAAUUGGAUUUAAAUGGUCUACUAAAAUAGAACCAACGUUUCCUUAAUUAAACAAUUUAAUAAGUCUUCAAUCUAAAGUUAGUUAGAGUGUAGUUGUUAUUCAAGUUAUUGGAAAUUAUCGUUUCCAGUUAAUGACUUCUAAGUCCUACACUCUUCAUAGAGUGUUUUAAAAGUUUAAAGUUGAUGUUCAUACUGUAGCCGGAUUGAAAUAUUGAAUUAAAACUUUUCUAAUCUAUAACAGUUAUAUUAUGAAGCCUGGUACUUUGGUGAGUCUAAGAUGCAUACUUUGCAUGACAUGUUGGGUGUAUGUGCAAAAACAUACAUUUUUUCACUUAACUUGUACAUGAUUGUAUCUAGAUCAUAUUUCAAACACUUUUGCAUCAGUUUACUUUUGCCAUAAUUUUCAUGGCAAUUUUGUGACAUGUAACCUUUGCAACUCAUAAAUUGUUGUGAAAAUGUAAUGUUGCAGAUUUUUUUUGUAAAAAGAACUUACCAUUCCACGGGAUUCCAGUUUGUUUUUGAACAAUACCAAAUACUGAAGAACUUGUCCCCAUUAGAAUCUCCGACGACCUUUCCUGGAGCAAUUUUGACAACAGUCAAACCAAGACAUGUCAAGAAUCUGCACAGCCUCAAUCAUCCAACAGAAUGAAGUUCUGUUUUCAAUUAAUCAAAACUAUAUAAUUAAUUUGUGAUAUUUUAGGAUUUUUUUAAUUAAAACACAAGAAUUUUGCUAUAGUUAUGAUAAUGCCUGGUAACUAAGUCUUGUUUUUACAGAAAGCUGCUAACAGUGCAGACAGGCAUAAUUCCAGCUCAGGCUCAAGAAGUGCCCAUGGAGCAUUCCCCCAUUCAACACAUAGUGCCAGCUAUGCUGUUGGUAGCAGCCAUAGAUCGGGGCUUAGAAGCAAAGAAGUUGUGAUAACAGAUCCUUACUUGGAUGCACUGACAAAGGAUACCAAAGCAAGAACGAGAAAGAGAUUUUCUGUAAGUACUAGCUAG